AUGGGUCGCCCUGUCCAGACCGUCAGCUCCCCCGACAUCACAGAGUUCCUUAAGAUUCAGUACACGGGCGCCAUCCAGUACCCCCUCUGCGUCACCUUCAUCAAAGUCUCCAUCCUCUACCAAUAUCGCCGCCUAUUCCCCAACCACGACUUUAAACUCAUGACUUCGUUCCUGAUUGCCAUUAUGGUCAUGUGGUGCACUGCAGUCAUGUUUACUGGCGUCUUUAUGUGCACGCCCAUCGCCAAGGUCUGGAAUCCUGCUAUUCCUGGCAAGUGCAUUAGUCUGGUCCCUUUUUACUAUGGCAUGCAGAUCCCUAAUGUGGUUACCGAUCUGUGUAUUUUGCUACUGCCUUUUCGCGAGAUUCAGAGGCUGGAGUUGCCGAAGAAGCAGAAGUUGGGUGUUGCGGUCACUUGUUUGCUUUGGGUCAUGUAA